AUGUUCUCCACUAUGCCACAUCCCAUGCCAUUAGUACUGUUGUUGUUGCUCCUACAAAUUCAGCUCGUGGCAGCAAGCUCACACCCCCCUUGGGCUCAUGGUACGUUCACCAACCACACCACCAUACUACCCGUUCGAUGCUUGCUAGGCCAGGCUUCCGCGCUGCUCCGGCUGAAACGUUCCUUCACCACCACCGACGAGUCCGUCGCGGCCUUCCACUCAUGGAAGGUUGGCACAGACUGCUGCCGUUGGGAGGGCAUCCGCUGCGGUGCCACCAGCGGCCAUGUCACUUCCCUUGAUUUGCGUGAUCGCGGCUUGGAGAGUGAUCAUCUCGAUCAUGUGCUCUUCGAGCUGAACUCCCUCAGGUAUCUCAACCUGGGUGGAAACGACUUCAGUCUUUCCGAAAUCCCAUCCACCGGGUUUGAGCAGCUCACCAGGCUCACCCAUCUCAACCUCUCCAACUCCAAAUUUGCAGGACAAGUGCCAGCCUAUAGUAUAGGCUGCCUCACGAAUUUGGUUUGUCUCGACCUCUCCUCCUACUAUGAAAUUACUGAGUGGUACGAUCAUACCCAUAUGAUUCGAGUCUAUUUCGAUCAGCUCAUACUGCCUAACUUAACAGCCUUAGUUGCAAACCUUACAAGUUUGAGGGAGCUCCAUCUUGGUUGGGUGGAUAUGUCCGGGCAAGGAGAAAAGUGGUGCAGUGCUCUAGCCAAUUACACUCCAAAUCUUCGUGUUCUUAGCUUGCCCUUUUGUAGCCUCUCGAGUCCCAUUUGUGGAUCUCUCGUUGGUUUGCAAUCACUCUCCAUGGUCGAUCUGCAGUACAACAGGUUGACCGGUUCAAUUCCAGUGUUCUUUGCCAACUUCUCCUCCUUGAAUGUUCUCCAACUUAGUUAUAAUAACCUUGAAGGACGAGUCCCUCCUGUGAUCUUUCAACACAAGAAACUAGUGACUAUUGAUCUUCACCACAAUCCUAACAUAUUAGGUAAUCUGCCGAAUUUCUCAACUGAUAGUAAUCAGCUGGAGAACUUGUUUGUCGGCGACACCAAUUUCUCUGGUACAGUACCAAAUUCUAUUAGUAAUCUCAAACAUUUGAAGAAGCUAGGCCUUGAUGCACUUGGUUUUACUGGAGAGCUACCCUCAUCAAUCGGUAGGCUCACAUCCUUGAAUUCAUUGCAGAUCUCUGGGUUGGGACUAGUAGGAUCGAUAUCAUCAUGGAUCACAAACCUAACAUCCCUAGAGGUUCUAGUAGUUUCAUGUUGUGGCUUCAAUGGACCAAUACCUUCUUCCAUUGGUGAUUUGCACAAAUUGAGGAAAUUAGCACUUUAUAAGUGCAAUUUUUCUGGGAAAAUACCUUCGGGUAUCUUGAACUUAACUCUGCUAGAUACCCUAGUACUUGCUUCGAAUAAUCUCGUAGGCACUGUGCAAUUGAACUCGUUAUGGAAACUACAAAACCUAUAUGAUUUGAAUCUCUCAAACAAUAAAUUAAGUGUAAUAGAAGGAGAACACAAUUCUUCAUUGAUAUCCUUCCCAAAUAUUGCAUAUCUAGGUUUGGCAUCAUGUAACAUAAAUAAUUUCCCUAACAUUCUGGGACAUACAGAUAAAAUAAAAGUAGUUGAUCUUUCGAGUAACCAAAUUCAUGGUGCCAUACCCCAGUGGGCAUAG